CUUAAGAAACGUUAAUUAACUCCCCACUUCUCUAGCUAGGAACCCCAAUCAUGCACCAUCUUCUACUCUUUGUGAUCCUUGUUGUGCUUCUAGUGUUUCUUGCAAGAGUUGCAUAUUCAAUCAUUUGGGUGCCAUGGGUCAUCGCACGUCACUUUCGUGAACAAGGCAUAAGGGGUCCUUCCUACCGUCCGAUCAAAGGGAACACCGAUGAGAUCAGAGGCAUGUACGCGGAAGUUCAAUCCAGGCCAAUGGCAUUGUGCCACGACAUCCUCGAGCGUGUGUGUCCAUUCUAUCACAAAUGGUCACGCAUGUAUGGGAAAACUGUUCUGUAUUGGCACGGGUCGGAUCCCAUGCUGGUAUUAUCCGACCCGGAUAUGAUAAAGGAGAUCCUUUUGAAAACGGGUGAUUGGUUUGAGAGGAUAGAUCCGAAUCCGUCGGCGAAACGGUUCUUUGGAGAAGGAAUAUUGGUGUUGAAACGAGACAAAUGGGCAGUGCAUAGAGCAAUAGCUAAUCAGGCUUUUAAAAUAGAGCGGGUCAAGUGUUGGAUUCCACAAAUUAUAGAUAGCACAAAAACAAUGUUUUACAAGUGGGAAGAUGAGAACAAAGGUGUUGAUGAAUUUGAGAUUGAAGUGAGCAAAGAUCUCCAUGACCUUACAUCUGAUAUUAUAUCUAAAGUCGCUUUCGGAAGUAACUAUGAAGAAGGGAAGGGGAUUUUUGAUUUACUAGAACAACAUUAUCAUCUUGUCUCCCUUGCUAGCAGAAGUGUCUAUCUUCCUGGAUUCAGGUUUUUACCUACGAAGAAGAACCGAGAAAGAAAGAGAUUAGAGAAGAAAACCAGUGAAUCAAUUCAAGUGUUGAUUAAUGACAACUACAAAGCAGAACAAAAUUCAGAGAACUUGCUUUCUUUGUUGAUGUCUUCUCACAAAUUUAUCAACAAUGAGACACAAAAGUUAAGUAUGGUCGAGAUAGUGGAUGAUUGUAAAAACUUUUAUAUGGCAGGAAAGGAAACAAGUGCAAAUUCAUUAAGCUGGGCACUCCUCCUUUUAGGGAUAAAUCAAGAAUGGCAAAGCAAGGCACGCGAGGAAGUACUAAGUGUUUUGGGACCUAAUACUUCUCCAACUUCAGAAGCAUUAAAUGACCUAAAACUUGUGAACUUGAUACUUCAAGAAACACUUCGACUCUACCCUAAUCCAGGGACAUUGGUAAGACAAGCAAGUAAAAGAGUUCAAUUAAGGAACAUUGACAUUCCUGUUGGUACACAACUAUAUUUAUCUAUCACAACAGCUCAUCAUGAUCCAAAGUUAUGGGGAGAAGAUGCUCUUGAAUUCAAUCCUAUGAGAUUUGUCGAGCCUCGGAAGCAUUUAGCUCCAUAUUUUCCCUUCGGAUUAGGCCCUAACUAUUGUGUGGGUCAAAAUUUAGCUUUGUUUGAAAUGAAAAUUGUACUUGUCAUGGUCUUACAGAGGUAUUCUUUUGUUGUAUCACCAACAUAUGCUCACGGACCAAUGUUGUUGAUGACUGUGACACCUCAAUAUGGCAUGCAAAUUGUCUUUAGGAGAUUAUGAACAUGAUUAUUGUUGUUUAAUGGUGAAUCAUGUAGCUUUCCGGGUAGUAGUUUUAUAAUGAACUACUGUUUCAAACAUUGGGUAUGGAUAGUACAACAAUUACACAAACAACACUCUGCAGUAAAUCUUGAAAAGUUUUACUACACUUUAAACGCAA